AUGAAAGAAGAGAGAAAUACAAAGAGAAGAAUAUAUAAUGAAACUGUCAAAGAAACUGCAAGAAGAAUAGAAGAACCCACAAGAAGAGAAGAAGUAGAAGAAAGAGAAGAAGCAGUAGUACAGCAGAGAGGGGAAGAAAGAGUUAGUGAUUCUUCUAACGAUGAAGUCCUUGAAGAAUUUCUCAACAAUAUUCAAAAUGAACAAAUUGAUGAAUUAAUUAAUAAUAACCCUUAUGAUGAUAUAAUAUUAUACAAUGAAAGAUUAGCCGAUAAUGAUGGAAGAUUAAUUCCACAUAGAUCUUUCACUGAGGCAGAAUGGAACGAAAUAGCAGGAAAUGUAGAAGACUUAGUUGGUGUUAUAGAAAGAAAUGGUCAUGGAGCUAGAGUGACUAUGAUAUUUGGUAAUGGUUUCACAAUCAGUAAUAGACCAUUUCAAAUCAAUAUUAAUAACAAUAACAUUAAUGAAUUCCUAGAACACUUAGUUAACUUUGAUAUAGGUAUUGAAGAAUUUUGGAGGAAUUAUGAUGAUGAAGAAUGGAAUUUGAAUGUUCCUCCAGGAGCUCUUGUUAGAGAAGUUAUAGUUGAAUCCCUGGGAUUACCAAGAAGAAGAAGAAUUGAAGGGGGAUUCUUUGGAUAUUACUUAAAAGAAGAAUGGGAAGAUAUUGCACCAUUAUUAGAGAAGUAUCAAGUGUAUAUAAGAAACACUAUAAGAAUGAAUGAGAAUUGCUUCAUUCAGUGUUUGAUAACAUCUAAAGCAUUUAAAGAAGAAGAGAUUGAAUCAAUGAAAUCCAUGAUCCACACGGAGAACAUCAGUAAAAAGAAUAUUAUUAAAAUAUGUAACAAAUACAAAUUUCGAGUGGAAUUAAAGUAUUAUAAAGAUGAAGAAAACAUUAAAAAAGAAGUAUUGGGAAAUGAAGGAAUUAUAAUACCUAUAUUUUUAAUAAGAUGGAACAAAUCUCCUCAUUAUAUAUUUAAUGAAAAAGUUCCAUUAACAUCAUUCUUUAUUAAGAACCAUAAUGAAAUAAAAGAAUAUUGUAAUAUUAAUAAUCAAGAUAUUAACAAAUAUUAUUUAGCAUAUGAAAAACAUAAUGGACAAUAUAAAACAAAGAAAGAUAGAGCAUUAAACGUCUAUAGAGCAUUAACAAUGUUAAAAGAACAAGGAGCAUUUGAAGAAAUAACAAAAGAAGAUAUUAUUUCGUUCCGUCUAUAUGAUGCAGAAAAACUUAAAGUUAAAUUAAAACAAAUUGAUUCAAAUGAAUAUAAAGUAUGUGAAAGUAAAGAACAUGAAGAAAGAAAGAAUGAAGAAGUGUUUUAUGCAGAUUUUGAAUGUAUAACAAGAGGAGAUCAUCAUAUUCCAUUCUGUAUGGUAGUAAUGGAUAAUGAAGGAGUAUGGAAUACAUUCUACGGAUUGGAUUGUGGAAAGAACUUUAUUGAAUAUCUAUCUAAUUUUAAAAAUCCUAUUUGUUACUUCCACAAUCUUGGAUAUGAUGGAAGAUUCCUAGCACAAUAUGGGAUUAUUGGAAUAGUUAAAAAGGGACAUAACAUAUACUCUAUGGUUAUUAAAACAUUUAAAGGAAAGAAAAUCAGAUUUAAAGACUCAUUAGGUCUAAUUCCCACUUCCAUAGCUAAUUUCAAAUCCUUCUUUAAUCUUGAAGGAGAAUAUGAAAAAGAGAUAUUCCCAUACAAUUUUUACGAUUUUGAUAACUUAGAAGUUGGAACAAUUGAAGGAUGUUGGCUUAGAGAAAACCCCGAAUGGGAUAAAGAGAAGAUAAAAGAGUUUAAGAUGAAUUUAAUUAAAACAGAUUGUCUAUUACCUAAUGGAAAGUUCAACACUAAAAAGUAUUGUGAAUAUUAUUGUAAAAGAGAUGUAGAAGUAUUGAGACAAGGGUUCAUUAAGUUUAAAGAAAUGACUAAAAAGAACCUUGAUUUAGAUUGUGAUACAUUCUCAACAAUCAGUGCAUUAUCAUAUUAUUAUUUCAAAUCAAAGUGUUUUAAUGAUGGAAGGAUAUUUGAAUACAAUGGAGUGUUAAGAGACUUUAUAAGACAAGCAAUAAUUGGAGGAAGGAACAUGACCAAUAGAAACAUUAAAUGGAAAGUGAAGGAAGAAAUAGUUGACUUCGAUGCAUGUUCCUUAUACCCGUCUGCUAUGAAAAGAUUGUUAAUACCAACAGGAUAUCCUAAAAUGAUUGAUAAACCAAUUGAAUUCAUGUUUGAACAUUUAAUGGAUGAACAACAAAUGAUACCAACCAAUGAUAAAUUCAUAUCAUAUUUUGUAGUUCGUAUAAAGAUUAAUAAAGUAGGAAAACCUAGGAAUAUGCCUAUUAUUCUUAAAAGGACAAAAGGAAUAAAUGAAUAUGUCAAUGAAUGUGUAGAAAUGGUAGUAGAUUCUAUCUAUCUUCAAGAUUUAAUUAGAUACCAAGAGAUAGAGUUUGAAGCUAAAGAAGGAAUAUAUUGGGAAGGAGAGAAGUCAGACUUAUUAAGUAAAGAAAUAGAAAAAGUCUAUAACAUUAGAGCAGAUAUGAAGAAGAAUAAAGAUCCAAAUGAAAUUAUAUAUAAAUUAGUAAUGAAUAGUUCAUAUGGUAAAACUAUCCAAAAACCAAUACUCAGUGAAACUAAAUUCUUCAGAUGUAAGAAGAAAUGUGAUCAAUUCUGGAGAAGGAAUUAUGUUGAUAUCAUUUAUGGAGAACCAUUGUUUGGGUCAGACAUAUGGAUAGUUGAAGUAAAGAAACAAUUAGAUGACUUUUAUGUUCCUGACAUUAUUGGUUCUCUCAUUCUCUCAAUGUCUAAAAGAAUCAUGAAUGAAUUAAUCUAUUUAUGUGAAGAUAAUAACAUAUUAGUUUAUUAUCAAGACACUGAUUCUAUUCACAUUAAAAGGAAUGAAUUAGUAGGAUUACAAGAACUGUACUUCAAUAGAUACAAUAGAGUAUUAGUUGGAAGUGAAAUGGGACAAUUCCACUCUGACUUUCCUAAAGUAAAAGGAAAAGAUAGUUGGGCUAAAGAAUCAAUCUUCUUAGGAAAGAAAGCAUAUUUAGAUAUUCUUACAAAUGAAGAUGGUGUUGAAGAAUAUUUAAUAAGAAUGAAAGGAAUACCAGCAAGUGUUAUACGAGGAGAAGCUAAAGAAAAAUUUGAAGGAGAUGUUAAAGCACUUUAUGAAUAUUUAUAUGAAGGAGGAGCACUUAGUUGUGAUCUUUCAAAAUACGGACCUCAUUUUAUCAUUGAAAGAGAUUUUAAAGUCUCUACAAAUGAAAACUUUAAAAGAACAAUUAAAUUUUAA